GAAAAUGUCACGGAUUUUGGUCGUUUUUCUCGUGCUGGGCGCUGUUUGCAGCAGCUCCCUGGCGGAUCCUCUCUAUCGUAACUCCGAGGAUGUGCAAAUCCCUCAGCUGGAUGGACGCAUUGUCGGUGGCCAGGAUACCAACAUCACUCACUAUCCUCACCAGAUCUCCAUGAGACUUAGGGGCAACCACAGAUGCGGUGGCAGCAUUUAUAAUGCUCACACCAUCAUCAGUGCUUCCCAUUGUGUGAACACCCUGACCACCGUGGAGAACCUGACCAUUGUGGCUGGUUCCUCCAACAUCUGGUUCCCCACAGGACCACAGCAGGAGCUGCCCGUGCGCGAAAUCAUCAUGCAUCCCAAGUACAGGUCCUUGAACAACGACUACGAUGCGGCCAUUUUGAUUGUGGACGGCGAAUUCGUGUUCAAUGAGGCAGUUCAGCCCAUUAAGCUGGCCAAGGAGCGUCCGGAGCAUGAUACACCAGUGAUAGUGACUGGCUGGGGCACCACCAGCGAGGGUGGCGUCAUCUCCGAUGUCCUGCAGGAGGUCAGCGUCAAUGUGGUGGAGAACACGAAGUGCAAGAGCUCUUAUCCUAUCCUACUGACCGGCCGAAUGCUUUGCGCUGGUGUCACUGGCGGCGGCAAGGAUGCUUGCCAGGGUGAUUCUGGUGGUCCACUGAUCUACAAUAAUGAACUCCUGGGCAUUGUCUCUUGGGGAACUGGCUGUGCUCGCGAAAAGUAUCCCGGAGUGUAUUGCUCUGUGCCCGAUGUUUUUGAUUGGAUUGUGGAGGCCUCUGCCGCUUACGAUUAUGUGGGCAAAGUAGAUUUCCUGUAAACUUUAUAAUUUUUAUAGACAAUAUAAGUAUGGGAAGAAUCAA